CCGUCCCGCGCGGUUCCCGCUAGUUCCAGGAAAGGCAGAAGGCGCGGGUGAUUUAGAGUCCUGCCGGUGGGAAAGGCGAAGAACAGGUCUUGGGUUAUACAGUGGUCGCAUAAUGUCUGUCGCGUUGGAUAAGUCGCGCUGGCCUGACCAUCUGGUUCCCUUAAAAGAAGUGGAUAACUUGCUGCGUUGUGGGAUAUGCUUUGAUUACUUCAAUACUGCGAUGAUCAUUCCCCAGUGUUCACAUAAUUAUUGCUCUUUCUGCAUACGAAAGUCCCUGUCUUACAAAGCUCAGUGUCCUACAUGUUGCAUGGCAGCUACAGAACCUGACCUGAAAAAUAACCGGAUAUUGGAUGAACUAGUAAAAACCUUUUAUUCUGCAAGACAGCAGCUGUUGCAGGCAGUCUUGGAUCCUCCACCAGUUUCUACUCCAACAUUUUUUACCAAGAAGUUUCCUCUCAAAGACCGUAUUUUGAGUUCCCCAGUUGGUUUUGCUCUGAAGCAGGAAAAGCAGUUUCCAGAUACUGAUUUAGUCAAAGAAAACAUUCACUCACCUGUAAGAUCCUUAAAUCCACCUGCAAGAGAAAGUAAAGUGGUCAAAACAAAGCAGGAAGAGAACCCCUGCGGUUCUGAAGAGGGCCAUGAGUCAAGCAUAAGUUCUGUUGCAGACACAACAAUCCCUGAAACUCCCUCCACAUCAGCAGCAAAAAUAGUUACAAAAGUGGAGUGUCCUGUCUGUGGGGUUCCGAUUCGGGAACAACAUAUAAACCAGCACCUUGAUGACUGUUUGAGGAGAGAUGAGAAGAAGGACAGUCUUCGAAGCUCUGGACACAAAAGAAAGUUCCUGCCUAAAGUGGUGUACAACUUACUUUCUGAGCGUGAUCUGAGGAAAAGACUGAAGGAACAUGGACUAUCAACCCAGGGGACAAAGCAGAAACUCAUUAAAAGACACCAAGAGUUUGUGCAUAUGUAUAAUUCACAGUGUGAUUCUUUAAAUCCCAAAUCAGUUGCUGAAAUAGUAAAAGAGCUGGAAAACAAUGAGAAGAUUCGAGCACAGCUAGACUCCAGUAAGCCUGAAGAAGAUAACAUGAUGUUUACAAAGCACCAGACAGAGAAUGAAAUAGAUGAAAUUCAUAGAGAUUAUCGGAAGAAACACAAAGCUGAAUUCCAGCUUUUAAUUGACCAAGUGAAUAAGCGGAAGAAAAAAGCAGCUAAAAUCAAAAUAGAAGAGGAAGGACUGGAUCAGGAAGAAACAAUAGCUGCAGAACUGCCCAUGGAGACUGGAGAAAACUUGAAUGUCAAAGAAUCUACAGACUUGCCAUCACUUCCAGAAUGGUCAAUGAAAACAGACGCUCUAGACUGUGGGAUAAGCCAGUCUCUUAAUUUGUCUGAAGAUAGAGGAUUGGUUCCUGAAUCCCCCACUCAGUCAUCUGAAUCCUCGGAGAGCUCAAGUUCAGACAUCAUAAGAGAUUUAGAAAUUGCUGGGAUGUGUUCAGGCUCAUCAGAUAAAUUGCUACCUGUUUAUGAAGAAGUGUUUUUGUGACAGGAUAAUAUAAACAGUUUUCCAGAUGUGAAUAUGACUAAGCAAAAAUCAAGACACUCUAGAAGCACCAGAUUGCUAUCCAGAAGAAAGCGAAGAAAAAAUUAGGCAACAAGGCUAUUCACCCAAGCAGCCUAAGCCCAGCCUGGGUUAGGCUGUUCACGUGCAGUGCCUGGAUCCAUGCAGAUCCCAGCACUGCCCAUCUGCCUAAGCUUACUUUUAACCUUGGCCUUUAGCCACAGUUAAGGGAGUCAGUGUGCCCUUAACCCUGGCGCCAGGAUUAUGUGUGUGUUGGGACUGCUUGUUUGGGGAUUCCCUCAAUGCACCACAUGGUGUAUUGCGGGAUAUCCAGAAGCCAGGAUGCAUUGUCCUGGCCUCCAGAGAUCCACACUGCUCCAUGUAGCGCAGAUUAUGUGGGAGUGCAAUCCGUGUAUCCAGCCAUCGAGGAAGGGUUCUCUGUGGGGAAGGUAAAUUCGCUGCAUCCUUCUCCUCCCAUCUUCCCGGCAAUUGUGUGCAUAGCCUUAAAAUGUAAACAACGGACUCCUGGAACUUUUGCUCAGUGGCUUUUGCUCAUAUUGUACUAUGGGGUUUUUUCUUUCUUUCUCCUGAAGUCCUGACUAUAAACAUCCCAAGACUAAAUGCAUUUACUUGGAUUAAAUGAUAGCAGUGGAAAUAACUUCUAAAUAAAAGUGCCUAUGAUCAGAACCAUAACCAUUUAAAGCACUGAAAUUAGUGUAUCUCAGCUGCAUAGAUUUUUUUUAAAUCUUUUUUUUUAAAGCUUCUGUUAAAAGUGUCUUCACACAAUAUAUAUGCCAUUUUAACUGUAUGAAUGUGUGCUAUUUACCAAAGCAGAUUUUCCUCCUACUUUUCAUCUUCUCCUAGCUUUUUACUAGAUUUUGUCAAAUGUGGGGGGUGGUUUGAGAUGAUGUAGUUAUGCAACACCUAUGAUUUGUCCAUGAUUUCCUUAUUUGUGUGGAACAGAACUAUAGUUCCAAAGUAGCCUUCUUAAAGGGUUCAGUUAUUCUAUAAAGAGAAAUGCCAACUUUAUAGGCCUGACUGGAGUAAACCACAGAUCCUAACUAUAAAAAUUUGCUUCUUUUUUUCCUCAGAACAUCUUUUGAUCUCUAUAGUCUCUGAGCUGAUUCAGAGGGUACUUCGCUUGCCCUGCCCACCACAUAUGAAAAGGGCAUGUACACUCCAUGAGUGUGCACUUCCUUCCCCCAUUCCAAGCAUGCAGGAGCUCCUGUCCCUAAUCACUUGGGGGUGGUUCAUCCAAACCUCCGUUCAACACACACUGGAAAUAGUAGUUUAAGUACAUGUAGAAGUGCAGUUUGGAUUAACUCCCCCUGCCCCCAUGCAACUUGAAUUGGCUGCGAAGGGGGAAAGAUAUGUACGCUCAUGGAGCACACAUGUCCUUAUUGUGUGUAGUGGUCCAGGUGGACAAAAUAUUGUCCGAAGUGGCUCUAUGUGAAAAUACUGUGUCUUCUUAGGGGCUAGUAUUUUGGACUUGGAAAAAACAAGCAUAAGAAAUACUUCAAAACCAAAAUCAAUUUGGUCUUGUUAGAACAAGAAUAAGUGUGAGAACUCAAUAACUGUCUAUGGAUUAUAUCCUUAAAAAGUUAAGAUUCCUAAUCUUGAUUAAUCCCAUCAAGAUUAAUGUGACUUUAAUCUAACUAAUUUCUCAUUGAUAUCGGUGGUACUUAGUCAUGACUAACAUUUUUAGGAUACAAUCAUAUAUUUUAAACAGAAGAUGAGACUAAGUUUAAAACAUGCUUAUAACAACUUUCAUUUCAUUUGGAAAUCAACAAGAUUCUUUUGAGGUUAGUUGAUUGAGGGCCAAUUCAGAUUGCCUUCCUGGAUGGCAGUAACAUGAAUUAUAUUCUCAUGUAAGUGAUCAUCUGAGUAUGCACAGAUUAAGCUGACCCAGUUCUGUGUUCAUGAUGGUGAUCAGGUGGACUGUUCUAUAUGAACUGAACAACCCCAACAAGCAUUGUAAUCCAUCUGAAUAACAAGGUGAGGAAACCAUCUCCUGCAAGUUAUCCUGAAGGGAACAAAUAACUGGAUUUAUGACCCUAAUUUGUCAGAGGCUGGGUCAUCAUGAUAACUGAUCCAGUAGGUACAAGCUACGGUUCUCUGUUCCACAUUUGCAUGGAUUCUUGUUUCCUUAGAACUUCAGUGACAGUGAGAUCUAUUCUGCUGUGACCUACCUGCAUGCCCCCUCAACUUCAUUUGGCUGCUGUGUAGGCCUUGUAUAGGUCAGCAGCUGAUUGAGCAGAAUUGUAGCACCAAGAUGGAGCUUACGCCUCUAUCUGCAUGCCUUGAAAGUUCAGUGCUGGUGCAUAUCCCUGCCACAUAGAUAUUAUUUAUAGGUAUUUAAGAAUUUUAUUAAGCAUUCAUAUCAAGACCUGACAACCACCUAAUAUGAGCAACUGCACUAAACUUAUUUUAAAAAAACAAAAAACCUACUCAGUGAUAACUUGUGGAGCGUCAGCCAAAUGUAGCAUUAAUUUGCCAUCAUUCUGCGAUCAAAUUGAGACCAUUCAUCAUGUGAGGACUUGUCCCAUGUGCUUGUGCUCUUGCCAGGGCCUUUGAUGAUGUCACCAAAGAUGACCAACCUCGUGGAAUGCCUUCCCCACAGAGGCCCAGUUGGCCAUACUCUAUACUCCAGACGUUGUGAUAAAACCUGGCUUUUUCAUUCAGCUUUUUUGGGGAAACUGAUGUUUGUCUUGGUGGUAAUUGAAGAGAACAAUUCAGUUUAGAUUGUUUCUUGACUUUUAAGUUUAGAUUUCAUCUUAAUUUUAUCUGCCUUAUGCUAUUAUAAUGUUUUAUUGUGUGUUUGUUUUUUAUUGUUAGCUGUCUUUAGUCACCUUUGGUGAAAAGGUGGGAUAUAAAUAUUUUGAAUAAAAUAAAAUAAAAUCCCAUAGAAACUUGUGUUAAAUGGAGAAUCAUAUUGAUUUUAAAAAGAAAAAUGUUUAAUGGAAUGAUACAAGAGUACACAAUUUUGCCAACUCCCUUGUGAAUUUUAAAAGUAAAGACAUAGUGGUUAAUUAUAUACAUACCAUCCUCCCGAGGCCACCCCUCACAGUUUUGUGAAAAGUACCUUUUUGUUUUGUGUUAAAUUUGGCAAAAUACCAUUUUGUAUUCUAGCACUAGAGUACUUUGCUAGCUUCCUUUCUUGAUAUGAUGUGCACCUGGUUGAAUUACUUUCUAAUAAAAUGCCAUGAACAUAAAUUUUGUUGCUUUGAAUU